CCGAGUUAAAGAUAGGGGCCUGUGGAAUCAUGAAGAGGGUAAACAGUUGUGUGAAGAGUGAUGACCAUGUCCUGGAGGAGCUGGAAACAGAAGGGGAAAGGCAGCUGAAAAGCCUCCUUCAACAUCAGCUUGAUACAUCUGUCUCCAUUGAGGAAUGUGUCUCUAAGAAAGAGAGCUUUGCCCCCGGGACCAUGUACAAGCCCUUUGGGAAGGAAGCAGCUGGGACUAUGACUUUGUCCCAAUUCCAGACACUACAUGAAAAGGACCAGGAAACUGCUUCUCUCAGGGAACUGGGGCUCAAUGAAACAGAAAUCUUGAUCUGGAAGAGCCAUAUUUCGGGUGAAAAGAGGACAAGGCUGAGGGCAACUCCAGAAGCAAUACAGAAUCGUCUCCAAGAUAUUGAAGAAAGGAUCUCAGAGCGUCAGCGAAUCCUUUGCCUGCCACAGAGAUUUUCAAAAAGCAAACAACUGACUCGGCGAGAAAUGGAAAUAGAAAAAUCUUUAUUUCAGGGAGCUGACCGUCACUCCUUCCUUAAGGCUCUUUAUUACCAAGCAUACCACAAAAAGACAAGUGCAGACAAGUACAUGACCUCAAUGAAGAGGAAGAUAAAAUUAGGCACAAAAGAUGAACCCCAAAAGAAGAACAAAGGUGAUCCCAUGAACAACCUGGAAAGUUUUUACCAAGAGGUGAUAAUGAAAAAACGUCUUGAAGAGUUCCAACUUAUGAGAGGUGAACCCUUUGCUUCCCACUCACUGGUCUCAGCUACAUCAGUGGGUGAUAGUGGCACAGCUGAGAACCCAUCAUUACUCCAGGACAAGGGAAAGCAGGCAGCACAGGGUAAAGGUCCCAGUCUCCAUGUGGCAAAAGUUAUUGAUUUUUCACCUGAGCAAUGUUGGACUGGGCCUAAGAAGCUGACGCAGCCAAUAGAAUUUGUCCCAGAAGAUGAAAUCCAGAGAAAUCGUUUGUCAGAGGAGGAGAUCCGAAAAAUUCCUAUGUUUUCUUCAUAUAAUCCAGGGGAACCAAACAAGGUAUUAUACCUGAAGAACCUUAGCCCUCGGGUGACUGAAAGAGAUCUUGUCUCAUUAUUCGCUCGGUUCCAGGAGAAAAAAGGACCUCCAAUUCAAUUUCAAAUGAUGACUGGACGAAUGAGGGGACAGGCUUUCAUCACAUUUCCCAAUAAGGAGAUAGCAUGGCAAGCAUUGCAUCAAGUAAAUGGAUAUAAACUGCAUGGAAAAAUAUUGGUGAUAGAGUUUGGAAAGAACAAAAAGCAACGGUCAGAUAUCCAAGCUGUUUCUUUCUCAUCAUCUGCUACAGACACUAGUACAGAAAUCAUUGAGAGCUAGGAUAAAUAUAAAUGUACAGGUUGUGGGUGGUCCUGGAUGAUCUUUUCUGCAUCAGAAUCUUGAAUCUAGGAUUUGUAUAUAGAUCGAAAUUUGUUUGGCAUCGAAAAAGAGAAAUUGGAGAGAAAUAUAAUUAAGAAAAUAUCUUUCAGCUUUUCAGGAGAAUUGGUAGAAAAUAUUUUGUACAAUCAAAGACUGUGUAGGACUUAAAAGGGAUGGGGGUGUGGCUCAAGUAGUAAAGCACCUGCCUAGCAAGUAUGAAACCCUGAGUUCAAACUCCAGAUCUGCCCAAAAGAAAAAAAAUAGACCCUUUAGAACAGACAAUAUCUUGAAUAUUAAGGGUAAAUACAAAGAUUAUUAUUUUUUGCAGGAUAAAUUACAUAGGAUUAUUCCUGGGGAUUUUUAUAGAGUCUUAUUUUCUGGAGUCUUCAAUAUGUAUCACUACAUAUAACAUUCUUUUUAGAAUUGCCUCCUAUAUACAAAACUUAAAAACUAAAUUUUAAAAUAUUUAGUUACUAGAGAUCCCUUGCCUCUAAUUUUAUCCUCCUAGAAAAUAAAAGAGCAGGCUCCCAGACCUAACAAGCACAACACGUGUUAUCUCAGAACUAUCAGCAGUAACAGUGGGUAGAUUCAUAGGUCAGUCACCAUAUUUGAUAAAUGCUUCCCCACUAAGUUAUCAGAGUCCUCAAAAAAGUUAUUUUUCUAAUGAAGUCUUUUAGACCAAAAUAUUGGUGUUCUCAUGGCCAUUUAAGCUAGAUACCAUUGAGUAAUCAUUGAAUUCAAAGAAAUAAACAUUGAGUAAGUGUCUAAUAUGUUAAAUAUUACAUAUAUGAAUUUUGGGAGAGGAACAUAUCAGCAAAUAAUAUUAAAGGGUCAUAAGAAGAAAGUUGUCUAGAAGAGAGGCAUCCUAUCUCAAAUCCCAUAGUUGCUCAUUUAUGGCUUCUGAAGAAUGGAAAAACAAUAUGGUAUAGAGGAAUUUGUACCAACUUUGGAGUCAGACUUGUAAAACACAUAGCCACGUUUACCACUCUGAACCUGGCAAGUCACUUAAUCUGAUCCUCAGUUUUCACAUAUAUAAAGUGAAGAUAAUACUACUUACCUAGGUGGGUUGUUCAUAUUAAAUGAGAUGACAUUAUCCAGAGUGAGGAAGAGAAAGAAAAGAGAAUGGAUAAAAUUGAACAGAAUGUUGGACUUGUGAGGCACCAUUAAGCACUCUGAUAUACAUGUAAUGGGAGUGCCAGAAAAAGACAAGAAAGAAAGGUGCAAAAAUAUUGCAAGAAAUAAUGACUAAAAAUGUUUCAAAUUUGAUGAGACACAUAAAUCUUGACAUCACAGAAGCUCAGUGAACCCCAUAGGAUAAACAGAAAGAAAGCUACAAAUAGCCACAUCAUCACAAAAAUAUUGAAACCCAAGUACAAAGAGAAAAUCUGGAUGGCAAUCCAAGAGAAAUGAACUAUCACUUAGUAUAAUUGACAACCCAAUAUAAUUAACAACCAACCUCUCAUUAGAAAGGUGUUGUUAGGCCUGACAUGUGCCUGUAGUUCCAACUACUUAGGAGGAUGAGGCUUGAGCCCAGGAGUUUGAGAUCAGCCUCUGCGACACAGUAAAACCCGGCUCACAAAAACAAAAAAAUUGUAAAUUGACAACCCAAUAUAAUUAACAACCAACCUCUCAUUAGAAAGGUGUUGUUAGGCCUGACAUGUGCCUGUAGUUCCAACUACUUAGGAGGAUGAGGCUUGAGCCCAGGAGUUUGAGAUCAGCCUCUGCGACACAGUAAAACCCGGCUCACAAAAACAAAAAAAUUGUAAACGUGAUCUUAGAAACAGUAUUAGUGGCAAUGAGAUAACAUAUUCAAAGUGCUCAAAGAAAAUAACUAUCAACCAUGAAUUUUAUGUACAAUUAAACUUUUUCAAAGUUGAAGGUAAAAAUAAAACAUGCCCACAUAAUAAAAAAAAUUAAUAGACAUUGUUGCUAGUAGAUAUCAUAGGAAAUACAAAAGGAAGUUUGUCAAGCUGAUAGCUUGUAAAAGAAAAUCUGAACACUUUUCUUUAUUCUCAACUGAUCUCAAAACAUUGUGUAAGAGAGUAUUAUAUAGCUGUAUUGUUUGACCUAUAACAUUAAAAAUGCAAUAUAUUUGCCAAUAACAGGACAAAUAAGGUAGGUAGAAAUAAUGCUGUGUUUUACUAAAGAAAUGACCUUUUUUUGAUGGUACUGGGGUGUGAACUCAGAACCUCAUGCUUGCUAGGUAGGUACUCUACCACUUGAGCCACUACUCAAGCCCU